AAAGCGUAUUCAGUAUUCAGUAAUCGAUCGAGUAAUCAGCAGUAGAGUACGAGUACGGCGAUCCUCAGUAACUACGCAGGUCGAUUAUGCUGUGCCGGUACGCAUUGAAUUCAAUCAGCUGAAGAACAUAAUGUUUUGAUAUCUCUUUUUAAUUUUCGUCCAAGAACAAUAUUUGUUUAUUUAUUUGUGUUAAAAAAGUGCAAGUUUUGCUUCAAAUAAAAAUUAAGUAUAGAUAUGGGACUGCUACUUUACACCUUGGGAUCUUUAACGCUGCUGGCUAUAUUAUGGACGGUCAGCUCCGUAGCCAGAUAUGUCCUGAAAUUUGCCUGUUUUGGAGUGUUAUGCAUGAUAUUUGCUUGUGCACCGAUACCUUUGAUGUUGUUGAAUCCAAGAAAUAGCAAAAACGCCUUAAUUCCAUCAGCUCUGCUAAGAUGGAGCAGAAAGUUUUAUGGACUGGAGUACAAAGUCGAAGGCCUAGAGAAUAUCGAUAAAGAUAGCGGUUCCGUGGUUCUUAUAAACCAUCAAAGUGCUAUAGAUUUACUUGUUUUAGCCUAUUUAUGGCCCUUAAUGCCAAACUCAACUGUGAUAUCGAAGAAGGAGAUCUUCUACAUUCAGCCCUUCGGAUUGGCUGCCUGGCUGUGGGGAACCAUUUUUAUCGACAGAGUUAAAGCCAAAGAUGCCCAAUCGGCGGUGAACAAAACUGGUCAAAUUAUCAAAAGGCGGAAGGCGCGAGUACUGAUGUUCCCUGAAGGCACCAGAAACCUUGGAAAGAAGUUGCUGCCGUUCAAAAAAGGUGCCUUCCAUUUGGCAAUUGCUUCCCAAGUUCCUAUCCAGCCCGUAGCAGUAUCCAGAUAUUCGUUCAUGGGUAACGCCCGCUUCGAUUCAGGUGCUGUAACUAUCAGGAUUCUUCCAACGAUUCCCACAGAAGGUUGCACCGUUGAAGACAUUCCAAAAUUAAUAGAUCAAACGUACAAAGCGUUAUCUGAAAACGUGGACGAAAUUUCUGCACCAACGAGUACGAUGAACGGAACCGAAGCCAAAAUAAAAAGCAACUGAAUCCAAAGAUAAAAACUUAGGCAUGUACAAAUUUGAGGCGUCUGCGAAGUAUGCACCGAAGCUAUAAUAAACAUUCAAUAUAAAAGUUUGAAAUAUACUACGCUGAUUGACCAUUCCAGUAAUUUUCUUUAAUAAUAUACUCUCCAACCGGUAUCUACUUCCACGGUUGCUAUUUCUAAUUCGAUUGAUGAAAAUUGAACUGUGACGAUCACCAAAAAUCAGAAAGUGUUAAAUCUGGCCAAUAAGGUGGAUGCUGCAACAAUUCGUACUUUAUUUUAGUGAUUUCUGAAAUAGCUUAUGGAGCAGUGCCAAUUGUGUUGAUGAAAAAUAGUCUUCUUUUCUGUAAAACAGCUAUUUUCUCAUGAAUUUUUAUAUCCAGUUGAUUCAAAAGGUUAUAAUAAUAAUCUGAAUUUUCUAUUUUACCAGUAAUUUAGCUAAUUAUAUAAUCUGAAUAAGAGAAACUCCUAUUCUAUCCAUCACAUUUCGUUUGGAGUCAUGGCAUCUUCCAGAAAGUUAUUCUACGUACUUUCUUCUUGUAUGACCAUGUAACACGACCAUGGCAGCUAUAUCAUACAUUUUAACUUAUGUGAAAAAAUACUUUGUAAUAUUUUGUUUGUUUUUAGUCUUUUAGUAUAUGUUCAUUCUCUAUUCAUGAUAUUCAUUCUUCUAUAACAUCCAGAAAAUUACCAUAACCAGAGAAAUAAGAAUAAUUACCAUUGCCAAUACCAGAGAAAUAAGAUUUUUCUCGUGACACAUCCCCCUCCAGACUGAAACCAAAUUUUUUGAGUAGUAUGGACAUCCAUAAUAAUAGCCUAUAUGUUCCUGCUGUCGAUUUUGAUGAUAUACAUAGUUAUAAACAAAUGAAGAUCAAAAAAUGGUAAAUUUUCGAUUCUUUCGUCUAUUACUAAAAAGUGAAGCAUUCUAAACAAAUUUGAGAAUAAGAAACUCAUAAAUCAUAUAUAAAACUUCAAUAUGGCGUUCGCUGAAUAUGUCUACCCUUAUUUGUUGCUUAGAAAAUUGCAAAAGUCAUAAAUUUUAAGAUUUUAUAAAUGUUCAUAACUUAUGUAAAAAUUAAGUUACAACCUUCUUAUUACACGGAAUGCUGAGAUUUCUUGUGCUUAAAUUAUAUUUUAAAUUUCAAAGUAAUUGGUCAAAUAGUUUAAAAGUUAUUUAAUUUGUUUAUCCCAAAUUCCUUUUGUUUGCAACACUAUAAUUCAGAAAAUUAUGAGGUUACAGUAAUAGUUCGGACUGACAGUUUAUGAAAGAAGAACAUUUAUGCUCUAAACUUAAUAAAAAAAAUGACAAAAAGUAAUUUGAACAGUGUAAAAUUAUUUUGCAAAAACAUGUCGAUUUUUUGCUUACUUAUAAACAAUUAGAAUAACUUUUUAACCGUUACCAGUAGAAAAAUUAUUUUUCCAUAUUUAGAAAGACUGAAUUUUUAUACACAUUUAGAAAGAAAUACAAUUGUUCUAGGGCAAUUAGGGAUGAAAUUAGCCCCCCUUUUUUUAUUCACAUGUUCUUGCAAAAUAAUUUUGCAAUAUUUAGAAUUAUUGUUUGUCAUUUUUUUUUAAUUAAAUUAAUAGUGUAAAUCUUCUUCUCUCAUAAACUAUCGAAAGUAUUACUGUAACUUCAUUUUCUGACUUGUAGUGUUGCAAAAAAAAUUAAUUUGGGAUAAAAGAAUUAAAUAUCUUUUAAACUAUUUGACCAAUUGCUUUGAAAUUUAGGGCAUAAUUUAAGCACCAGAAGUCUCACCAUUAUCUGUAAUAAGAAGGUUCUAAGUUAAUUUAUAUAUCAGUUAUGAAUAUUUAUAAAAACACAAAAUUUAUGAUUUAUUUUGCAAUUUUCUAAGCAACCAAUAAGGAUAGACAUAUUCAGCGAACGCCACAUUGAAGUGUUUUAUACGAUUUAUGAGUUUCUUACUCUCAAAUUUGUUUAAAAUGCUUAACUUUUUGGCAAUAGACGAAAAAAGCAAAACUUUCCGUUUUUUUGAUCUUCAUUUGUUUAUAACUAAACUUAAGUGCAUAGAAAUCGGCCCACUUAAAAAUUUGGUCAUUUUUGAUGUCUCAUAUUUCCUAAACCUGUUGGUCGAUUUAAGUGAUUUUUUUGAACAUGUUAUAGUCUGAUUCUUUAACAAUAUCACUGUAAUAAUAUUGUUGCUAAACAGGUAAAUUUUCAUUGUACGUACCGGCAUACCGAGUUGAAAUUAAAACCCAACUAUAGCCUCAGUUUUUCUUAACAUUCUGUUUUUUGAUUCAUAUUCGUUUAUAUUGGACAAUAAAAAAGUUAGGUACUUUAACAAGUAGACAUGUUCUUCAUCAAUACACGGUGUUUCUAAAUAAAUGCGACAAACUUUAAGGGAUAAUUGUGCAUGAAAAAAUAAUGACGGUUGGCUUUAUAAACGUAUGUCCGCAAGUGGUUCGUUUUCCAGAUACGGGAUGUUGAAUUUUUUCUUACAAACUGAGGAUUUAUUUUAUUUCUUUAAAACCGGUUGAGAAAUGCCAAUGAAAUUUGGUGGAUUUUAAGACGUAGUUAUUGCACAUUUUUUGACAUACAAUUAAGAAUUUAAUAUUCACCAUUAGCGCUCAUACGUGUAAUAUGACCGAUAAUAUUACCCGUAUGCACGCUAAUGGUAAGUAUAAAAUUCUUAAUUGUAUGUCAAAAAAUCCACAAUAACUAGCUCUUACAACCAAAAAUUCAACAUCCCGUAUCUCGGAAAUGAAACAUUUGCGGACAUACGUUUAUAAAGCCAACUGUCAUUAUUGUUUCAUGCAGAAUUACCCCUUAAAGUUUGUCGCACUUAUUUAAAAACACCGUGUAUUGAAGAAGAACAUGCAUAGUUGUUAAAGUACCUAACUUUUUAUUAUCCAACAUAAACGAAUGAAUCAAAAAACAUAAUGUUAAGAAAAUCUGAGGCUAUAGUUGGAUUUUAAUUUGAGUAUUUUAUAAAUGCUAGAAUAUUCCACCGGGUGAUGCGAACUUUGAGAAAAAAACACAGUUUGAUUGGUACACCCGGUAUACAAUGAAAACUUACCUGUUUAGCAACAAUAUUAUUGCAGUGAUAUGGUUAAAGAAUCAGGCUAUAAAAUGUUUAAAAAAUCACUUAAAUCAGCCAACAGGUUUAGGAAAUAUAAGACAUCAAAAAUGACCAAAAGUGGGCCGAUUUCUAUGCACGUAAGUUUAUGUAUAUCAUCAAAAUCGGCUGCAGGAAACAUAUAGGUUAUUAUUAUAGAUAUCCAUACUACUCAAAAAAUUUAGUUUCGGCCUGGAAGGGGCUGUGUCACUAACAGGAUAUUUUUUUUCUUAUUUCUCUGAACUAAAAAGUUCCAUAUUUAGUUUAGUUUAGCGUUUUGGUAGUGCAUAUACGGAAUUAAAUGAAAAUAUGUUUAGUUGUUUAGGUUAAUUACAUCCCAACAAUCGAUUGAGACUAUAUAAAAUUUAACCACUAAGAAAGUAGCUUCCGAUGAUUAGGGCAAAAACAGACUAACCAUUCUGCAGCGCUACGCUGUAUUCUAAAUUUUUAUGUAAAUUAAAAGUGCCAUUCCACAAGAGCGACAGUGGCUGGCCACGGUCGCCGAUCCUCGCUACUGUGGCGUCCAUUACAAAAUCAUUGGUGCUAAAAAAUCGCCUGGUUCAGCCAGUUUGUGGGUCCACAGAGUAGCGCUGUAGAGUGAUUCGUCUGUUUUAAACCUAGAUGUUCACGAUCAAAAUGUAGAAUAGCAUAUUUCGUGGGCCCCUUGUGGACUCUUGGUGCUUCUUCCAAAAUCUGCUUCGGUGAUUCUGUUAUUUUUUUACUUGUAUAAAAAACAAUUCGUUCAGUAUUGAUUUACUGGCGAACUUUUGUCGAUGUUAUAUAUGCCGUAUGACAUGUAAGGACUGAUUAGUUUUAGGUUUAACUUGUUAGUUGACUGUUGUGUAACAUUAUGAUUUAUGAUUUGUUUGGUUCUGUUUGAUUGUAUAUUUACGAAAUAAAUAAGUUACAAACUCAA